UCGGGCAGCUGCUCACAGUCGCCUGUAGCCUCCAGAGUUUCCGUAGACAACCUUUGAGUGGAGCCUGCCGGAGCCGAGCCAUAUCGAGCAUAGCCGGGAGCCUAAAGCGGACAGAACCAGCCUGAGCCAGCCCAGUCCGGUGAUGGAACGCCCACCACAGCCCGACAGCAUGCCCAAGGACUUGUCUGAGGCCUUGAAGGAGGCCACCAAGGAGGUGCAUAUCCAGGCAGAGAAUGCUGAGUUUAUGAGGAACUUUCAGAAGGGCCAGGUGACCAGGGAAGGCUUUAAGCUGGUGAUGGCCUCCUUGUACCACAUCUACUCGGCUUUGGAGGAGGAGAUAGAACGCAAUAAGCAGAACCCAGUCUAUGCCCCGCUCUACUUCCCUGAGGAACUGCACCGAAAGGCUGCCCUGGAGCAGGACAUGGCCUUCUGGUAUGGUCCCCACUGGCAGAAGAUCAUCCCUUACACACCGGCCACACAGCACUAUGUGAGCCACCUCCAUGAGGUGGGGCUCACUCAUCCUGAGCUGCUGGUGGCCCACACGUACACCCGUUACCUGGGUGACCUCUCAGGGGGCCAGGUGCUGAAGAAGAUUGCACAGAAGGCCCUGGGUCUGCCCAGCUCUGGUGAGGGCCUGGCCUUUUUCACCUUCCCCAACAUCGACAACCCCACCAAGUUCAAACAGCUCUAUCGUGCUCGAAUGAACACUCUGGAGAUGACACCUGAGGUCAAGCACAGGGUGACAGAGGAGGCUAAGACUGCAUUCCUGCUCAACAUUGAGCUGUUUGAGGAGCUCCAGGAGCUGCUGACACAGGACCACAAGGAUCAGAGCCCCUCACAGAUGGAGGGCCCUCGCCAGCGGCCUGGUAGCCUGGUGCAAGACUCUACACCUGCAGAGACAUCCAGAGGGAAGCCCCAGAUCAGCACUAGCUCAUCCCAGGCACCACUCCUCCGAUGGGUCCUGACUCUUAGCUUUCUGAUGGCAACAGUGGCAGUGGGAAUUUAUGCCAUGUAAAGCAAAUGUGCUAGCCCCCGGGGGCUGUGAACUCUAUCCAUGAAGGGCCUUCUCUUCUGUAGGAGAGAAUCUUGCCUGGCUGUCUUCUCUUGGGGCUCUAAGAAACUUUUGAGGCUCCUAGACCCCUCCCUGUGCCCUCCUCUCUCUCUGCAAUGGAGGGAGAUGCUUGACACAUUUUUCCCUCACCAAAAGCAUAUCCAGCCAGUGACCUGAACUUUGAAACCAGCAGCCCCAACUCCUGUAGAGCCCCAAAACCAUGGCCUGGCCAGGAGGUGGUGGCACAUGCCUUUAAUCCCAGCACUUGGGAGGCAGAGGCAGGUGGAUCUCUGUGAGUUUGAGGCUAACCUGGUCUAUAGAGCGAGUGCCAGGAUAUGCUCCAAAGCUACACAGAGAAACCCUGUCUCAAAACCAAAAAAGAAAAAGAAAAAAACAAAACAUGGCCUGAAGUAGCAGCUGUUCUGAGCCCAGUGCCCUUUGUUGUUGGCAUCCGUGUUAACUGGCCGUGACUGUUUUCCUCUGGUGUCAUGGCCAUGUUGAUAUCAGUGUGCAAAGAUGUUG